AUGUUAAGUGCAUGUCCAUCACAUACAAUUGCUGAUGCAUUGUUUUCAUUGAAGUUAUCACGUUUCAGUGCUCAUCUUGAAGAAUUAGACAAUCGUUUAUUGCUUAUUGUUGGUCGAGAAUAUUAUCUGCAGUUAACGAGUAUUGAACAACGACGUCAAUUUGAACAAGCAUUCUUCAAUGAAUCGAAUCCAAAAAAUUAUAUGCUGAUUUACUUGCACACAUUCAAAAUACAAUCUUAUCAUGAUCUUGGUGUGGGUGUAGAUGUUGUUUGGAUGUGUUGA